UUCUCAGUGUUUAUCUGGUCGUCAUGGCGGAGGGACGUGGAGAGCUACCGCCUCAGCUUCAUCUAUCUUUACCCCCGGCCAGCAAGCGACUGUGCUUGCGCCCGGCUCCCCGAGGACCUGGUCCGGGGUCUGGUCCAGGUUUUCCGAACUCUCGGUUUCGCUGCCCGGAAUCUCUGUUGGACUGUGCCGCGAAGGCUGUAGCGGAGAAAUGGGCCUUUGAGAGGGUGGAGGAGCGCUUCGAGCGGAUCCCAGAGCCAGUACAGCGUCGUAUCGUAUACUGGUCUUUUCCGAGGAACGAAAGGGAAAUAUGUAUGUAUUCGUCGUUUCAGUGCCGCAUCGCCGGCGAAGAGGGUCCGGCGGUGGGAACAGGGGCUCCCGCUGGAUCCGGGGCUGUCCCUGGAGGGGUUACCAGUACGACUGGGGCAGCGGGCACCGGAGAUGGGCUGCCUUUCCGUCGGGGUAUUCGGCUUUUAGAGACUGGUUGUGUGGAAAAUGUCUUACAAGUCGGUUUCCACCUCAGUGGCACGGUCACAGAGCCCGCCUCCCAGUCGGAGCCCGAGGUCACCCACAAGGUGGCCAUCAGCUUCGACCGCUGCAAGAUCACCUCGGUCACCUGCGGCUGCGGCAACCGAGACAUCUUCUACUGCGCCCACGUGGUAGCCCUGUCCCUUUACCGCAUCAGAAAGCCGGAGCAGGUCAAGCUGCGGCUGCCCAUCUCUGAGACCCUGUUCCAAAUGAACAGAGACCAGCUACAGAAGCUGGUACAGUACCUCAUCACAGCACACCACACAGAGGUGCUGCCCACCGCCCAGAAAUUGGCAGACGAGAUCCUCUCGUCCAACUCUGAGAUCAACCAGGUCCAUGGGGCCCCGGACCCCACGGCAGGGGCCAGCAUCGAUGACGACAACUGCUGGCACCUGGACGAGGAGCAGGUCAGGGAGCAGGUCAAACUGUUCCUGUCUCAGGGAGGGUACUACGGCUCCGGGAAGCAGCUCAACUCCAUGUUCGCCAAGGUGCGGGAGAUGCUGCGGAUGCGUGACUCUAACGGUGCCAGGAUGUUGACCCUGAUCACGGAACAGUUCAUGGCCGACCCUCGCCUCUCUCUGUGGAGGCAGCAGGGGACUGGCAUGACGGACAAGUGUCGGCAGCUAUGGGACGAACUGGGUGCCCUGUGGGUGUGCAUCGUGCUGAACCCGCACUGUAAGAGCGAGGAGAAGAGCGGCUGGCUGAAGCAGCUGAAGAAGUGGGGCGACAUGGACAUCUGUCCCCUGGAGGAUGGCAACUACGGCAGUGAGUUGCCCAACAUUACCAACGCUCUACCACAGAGCAACCUCGCCCAGGACUCCCUGGCCCGGCCCAGACGGACAGUGUUCACGCGGGCCAUGGAGGCCUGUGAUCUCCACUGGCAGGACAGCCACCUGCAGAGGAUCAUCAGCUGUGACUACUACAUGUCCCCAGCCUACCAGAGAGAGGGAGAGAGUCUUCUCUUCAACCCCCAGGGCCUGCCUCUAUGGCUAGAUCACGUCCCCACGGCGUGCGCGCGGGUCGAUGCCCUGCGUUCCCAUGGUUACCCCCGCGAGGCGCUGCGGUUGGGCGUGGCCAUCAUCAACACCCUCCGGCUGCAGCAGCACCGCCAGCUGGACAUCUACAAGCACCAGAAGAAAGAGCUGCUCCAGAGGGGGAUGACCAGCACUACUAACCUGGAGGGCUGGGUGGGACACCCUCUAGAUCCCAUCGGCUGUCUGUUCGCCACCCUCACUGAGACCUGCCGGGUGGAGGACGACAACGCUAUGGACACUGGAGACUCUGGAGAGCCCAAGCCGCCGGUGUACCACCACGUCCCCGUGUGGGGUUGCCCAGACGGCGGGGAGUCCUACCUGGCGCUGGCCCUGGAGGUGGCGCUGAUGGGCAUGGGGCAGCAGAGGGUGAUGCCCGAGGGCCUCUACGCCCAGGACAAGGUGUGUCGUAAUGAGGAGCAGAUCGUGGCUAAGCUGCAGGAGAUGGAGCUGGAUGAUCUUCUGGUCCAGACGCUGAGGAAACAGGCUAUCCUCCUACUGGAAGGAGGUCCCUUCAGUGGCCUUGGUGAUGUCAUCCACAGGGAGAGUGUUCCCAUGCACACCUUUGCCAAGUACCUGUUCUCAGCCCUGCUUCCCCACGACGCUGACCUGGCCUACAAACUAGCAUUGAAGGCCAUGAGGCUCCCUGUGUUAGAGUCGAUGGCACCCUCGGGAGACUUGGGUCACCCCCACCAUGGCAUCAGCAUCGUGCCCAGCCGCUACCCACGCUGGUUCACCCUGGGCCACCUGGAGUCUCAGCAGUGUGAACUGGCCUCCACCAUGCUCACCGCAGCCAAAGGAGAUAUGUUGAGAUUGCGGACGGUGCUGGAGGCCAUCCAGAAGAAUAUCCACUCCUCCUCCCUCAUCUUCAAACUGGCCCAGGAUGCUUUCAAGAUCGCCACUCCGGCUGACAACCCCCCAGAUAUCACCCUGCUCAAUGUAUCUCUGGAGCUGGGCUUGCAGGUGAUGAGGAUGACCCUCUCCACUCUGAACUGGAGACGCAGGGAGAUGGUGCGCUGGCUGGUCACCUGUGCCACAGAGGUGGGUCUGCGAGCGCUGGUGAGCAUCCUCCAGAGCUGGUACACCCUGUUCACCCCCACCGAGGCCACCAGCAUCGUAGCAGCCACCGUCAUGUCCCACAACACCAUCCUGCGCCUCAGCCUGGACUACCCCCAGAGAGAGGAGCUGGCUAGCUGCGCCCGGACCCUGGCCCUGCAGUGUGCCAUGAAGGACCCCCAGAAUUGUGCCCUCUCGGCCCUCACGCUCUGCGAGAAGGACCACAUCGCCUUCGAGACGGCCUACCAGAUUGUCAUCGACGCAGCCUCCACGGGCAUGACCUACUCUCAGCUGUUCACCAUCGCCCGCUACAUGGAGCACCGUGGCUACCCGCUCCGAGCCUUCAAGCUGGCCUCGCUGGCCAUGACCCACCUCAACCUGGCCUACAACCAGGACACCCACCCGGCCAUCAACGACGUGCUCUGGGCCUGCGCCCUGUCCCACUCGCUGGGCAAGAACGAGCUGGCCGCCAUCAUCCCCCUGGUGGUGAAGAGCGUGCACUGCGCCACCGUGCUUUCGGACAUCCUGCGCCGCUGCACCAUGACGGCCCCGGGCCUGGCCGGUAUCCCCGGGCGACGGAACUCUGGGAAGCUCAUGUCCACGGACAAGGCUCCGCUCCGGCAGCUGCUGGACGCCACCAUCAGCGCCUACAUCAACACUACCCACUCCCGGCUCACUCACAUCAGCCCCAGGCACUACGGAGAGUUCAUAGAGUUCCUUAGUAAGGCCAGAGAGACCUUUCUACUGGCCCAGGAUGGACACAUCCAGUUUGCCCAGUUUAUAGACAACCUUAAACAGAUCUACAAGGGCAAGAAGAAACUCAUGAUGUUGGUACGGGAACGCUUCGGCUGAACCUGGCUGAACCCCCAACAGGACAGGCAAUAUAGGGAACUACUUUUAGUACUACUUACUCAUUUAUUUAAGUUUUCAUUAAUUUUCUCUUUUUUGUGUCAUUCUUGUGGCAAAUUCUAUGUUUGUCUGUUUUUGUUUUUGUCUUUUAUAUUUUCUCGUGAGCAACAACCACUGUUUGUUUUAGUAUGAAAAAGAUUGUGAUGAUGAUGAAAAAUCGUUGAGGUGGCACAUAAUGAAAAACCAAAUGAUGUAUGGGGUGUUUUGAGCCAGGGAAUGUCUGCUGUCUGCUGUGGUGAGUUACUAGUGGUUUUUGAAGGAGAGAGAACUUUUCAUUCCAAAAACCAGAGAUGUGGACUCGAGUCACGUGACUUGGACUCGAGUACUACUCGAGUCGUACAUUUUGCGACUUGAGACUUGGCAAGAAGAAAAAAAACACUUGCCACUCGACUAUGACUCGUGACUUAACUUGGACUUCAACUGUAUGACUCGAGAGACAAGAUUUGUCAUCUCGCCCACUAUGUAAGCCUAUCUGUCCUUUAUAUCGGAGUGCUGCAGGUUCUGUGCGUUGUGUGUCUUGACCAAUCAGAUUCACGGAAAUCACAGGUUGCGCAGGCCGGGCACAAAGCACGUCCACUAGCGAAGCUUGCGCCGCUCCACUGUCCUCCGAUAUUUAUUUAGCAAACGUGAUAACACAUCACUCCCGAAAUACACAAACAAGAACUCUUCACAGAAAUGUUGCAGCAGCCUACAACUAAACUGUAUGGGAAGAAAAUGAGAUGAUUUCUCAGUCUGAUCAACUAGGCUACUGAUAACAACCACAGCUACAGAUAAUGCGCCCUGUCCCCAUUUGCCCUCUGGCCAGGGUAAACGAAGUGGUAAUGUUAUGUAGCCUAUGUAUAGCCUGUUUAUUUGUGUUAGGAGAAAAUGUGAAUGUGAUCAAAUUUGGUUUAGGCUAUAUUCAAACUUGGGCUGGCUGGCUAGGCUACCUUGACCUUUUCAAUCCAAAAUGAUUAACUGAAAUUAAUCAAACAACACAAUACUGAUUACAUAAAUAUACUGUGUGAGUUAUUUUUAAUUGCAGUUGCUUAGGCCUAUACGAUGCAACCUGCAUAAAGCAAGCUCAGCCCUGUGAGUUAUAUUGUCCAAUUGCAGUGGCUGUGUCUGUGUAAAGGAAAGUCUAGUUUUAAAAUAUAAUUCAUAUUAACAAGUACAAGGUUGCUGCAGUUUGACUGGGUUUUCAUCCUCCCUAAGGCCAGGAGUUUUUCCAGAAAUGUUAAGACCAUGUGACCUGUUUAGAACAUAUCUGUAUACCUAGGUGGCAGGUAGCCUAGUGGUUGAAAGCAUUGGGCCAUUAACUGAAAGGUCAAUGGUUGGAAUCCCUGAGCUGAUUAGGUAAAAAAUCUGUUGAUGUGCCCUUGAGCAAGGCACUUAACCCUAAUUGCUCUGGAUAAGAGCAUCUGCUAAAUGACUGAAAUGUAAAUCUGGUCCCACUCCCAUAUGAAUAACUUUUUACAACUACUAAUUAAUCACUUUCAGACACUGUCAGGGUCCUGAUUUAUACCUGGUUCGGUUACCAGAUUAGGAAAAGCUCCGGGCCCCAGGGAAAACAAUUUGCCCCACCACUCUGGGACCUGUGGUGCCACCUCUGCAUCAGGGCAUCAUCGGUCCUAAAAAUCAUUGCAUUGGGUUCCAAAGGCUAUGUGGUAGUGGGGGGAAAAGGGAGGCAGUUUGUAAAACAUAUGGGUCCAAAAUCAUGAUGCAUUGCAAUUGCAAUGAAAUUGGCAUAAACCACUUAACCAUUGACUUGAGGACUCGAAACCUAAAAUUAGGGACCUGAGCUGUGGAACUUGGGACUUGCCCAUUAUUACUUGGGACUUGACUCGAGACUCAAAGGUUAAGACUUGAGACUUGCUUAGGACUUGCAAAAUUGUGACUUGUUCCCAUCUCUGCCAAAAACACUGAAGCACAUAGUGUUAACUUACUGUCAUACCUCGAUCGUAUUCCAAGAAUCAGCUUUAAACUUUUCCUGUUAAAAGGCCUUGUUUCAAGGCAUUAUGUUUGGAGGAGGUGGAAUGCUGAACUUGGAUGUGUAUCCCACGGUCCAGGGCCCAAGUCUAAAUUCACCAGAUUCAUCAGGUACAUACAGAGUCCUCAGACUUGACCAAGCCUCUCACACUCUCCCACAUGGAUUCUCCUCCUCCUUCCUUGGGUGUAGCCUGAUCGAUUUGUCUGGUACCUUGUAUUAUUUCUAGUGAAGGUACCUUUCAAAAAGAGAGAAGCGUACAGAGAGAGCGCCGUGUUGCUUCAGAUUGGUAUUUGGAUUAGAUCACGGCGAGAUUAAUUGACUGGCCUUGUUGCCUGAGAACGAUACUGUCACUGUGGAUCUUGGACUGUGAGGUGGAGUGGCUUGUGUUGUCAGGAUUUGGGGUUAUAACAUACAUGUUGAAAUACCAUUGCUGAAAAACAUCUUGUAUCAUUCAAAGCAAAACGUGUAUGAUUUUUUUUUUUUUAAACAACAUGCCUUGGUGUAGCCAGUUGGUGUUAGUAUUCCACAUACAACCCUAACUAUAACUAUCAACCUCUCAGACCCUGUGGGAAAGUGUUUUGAUAUGGCAGUGACCGCUUGAAAUUUAGCAGUAGUACUAUUGUUUACAAGCAAAUGACAAAUGUCACGUACUCAACACCAUUCUGUCUGCUUGAGCAAUUAUUUAUCGAUCAUUAAAAUAAUCUGUGUAUGAAUGAAUACUAUGAAUACAGACAUAGACAGCAUAUAAUUAUAUUUAAUAUACAAAAAUAGGAAUAUUAGACAGAAGACACAUUUUGAGGCUAUGAAAACCGUUCCAUGUCAGCUUCCACAUUCCAUUGUUGCCACGUCUACCAAGCUCGUCAGGUGGCCUGGGGCCGCAGAUGCACUGUCUGUCUGGAGCUGGGGUUUGAAGUAAUAUGGUAAAGAGAAAAGAGAUGCUAAACUCAGUUCUCAGGGAAUCACUUCAAGAAACAAAAACAAAAAAGUAGUAGCAUAAGCAUUUAAGAUAUUGUAAAUAUAAAAGUGUCAAUUCAGAAAAUUGUAAAGUUAUAAUUAUUUAUGAUAACUAUGUUUUUGUUUUUUGGGAUACUUGAAUUUGUUGUGGGCUGGGAAUGUGACGACAGUUAGAAGAAAAGACUUCAAGGCAUUUCUCAGGUGCUCCUGUGUACAUUUUUCAGAAUUUGUUUAAAUGUUUUAUUUGUAUGUUUAGUUUAGUUUUUGCAAGCAUGUUAUUUGGAGAUUAUAAAAAAAGAAGGCAUACCAUUGUGACCAGAAAGCAACCCGACUAUGCAGAAACCACUUGAUGGUUUGGUCCCCUUCUCCGGAGUCACCCAGACGAAUGUCCGAGGGGGGCUAGCCACUAUCCUAGAGAGGACAGACGAGGCAAGACACGGCAUGUUUGUAUUUGUACCGAGCCUGCACAUGCUGCAAAUUGGGACAGACUUUGCCUUUGACCGAUCAAUGUACAAUUACUUUCUUUGGACUUAAGCCUUUAGUGUCUUCUCAAAGUACCUGGCAAUGAGAGUUUAGGGAGAACAACGGUCCAAAAUAAAUGAAAAUAAAAACCCUGCAUGCCCUACACUAAAGAAGGAACUGGCAGAUAAUAUGAACUGUGUGCCCCCCAUCCAUAUCCAUAAUCCUCCCUUGUAUUUCUUCAUGCUUUUAAGCCUAUUCAGUUCAAUUCACCUGAACGACCAUGGCCAUGCUCUGAACCAUUCUCUAAAACCCUUAUUGAGCAGUUGAGUUAUUUUCUUCCUUCCAUCGCUGGUCUUAAUUCCUUUUUAAAAUAUAUUUUUUAGCUUCUGCAGCAUCCUCUCUUUUUGUCAUUCACUAGCUACCACUCUUGUGAGUUACUACAACAGGACAAAACAAGCAUUUUUUCAAAUGUGAGGGAGAUGCUUGCAGGCUAUUGCAGGUUAAUGUAAAGCUGCCUGUUAUAUACACACAUCAAACAACAAGCAUUUUCUAUCGCCCAAGUAGUUGGUCUUACGGCAUUGCAAAAACAAAAAAAAGUGGAGAAAAACUCCUCUGGCUUUUAAUUUCUUUCUUUCCCAUACUCUGUGUCUAUGUGUGUUAACUGUACCAGUGUUUUCACCUGUCCCUAGAAUCUAGAAGGAAAUAAUAAUCGCUGGUAGAGAUUGUUCACUAGUUCAUCUACUGUUUGAUUUUCAUUUAAGGGAAAGUGUUUGUUGCCUCUUUGUGCUACUGAUUUAUAUAAAAGGUAUCCAGUAUUUGCUGCCACAAAAGUAUAGUUCAUCAACACUUUUUGUUUGUGCAACCUCUUGAGCUAAUGUCUUUCAAACAAAAAUGUAUUACUAUUUAUGUAACGCUACUACCAUUUUAUAUAAUUUGUGUUGGAAUCUCAGUGCUUUUCUAUGAAUAAAGUGUGAAACACG